GUCUCGCCUUGAGACUGCUCUGCAAUAAUAUUAAGGAAAAAUCAACCACGCCUCUUAGGAAAAGGGAAUCUAGGCUCUGGCCCUGGACCCAAGUUAAGGAUCCAGUUUUCUCUGGUACAGAGUUUCCUUUCAGUCCGUCAGAGGCUAUCCUCCCCAAAGGAAUCCAACAAAGGGUGUUUUUGAGGAGCAUUGUGGGAAUUUCCUAAGACAUGGGCUGGACGGCAGUGACAUUAAGUUCUCUGUCUCUGCCUGAGAGGCGCAGCUCUCAGUAAUUCUGAGUAACCAGGGAAGACGCAGCUGAACCAAAGCUGGAGAGUGUUUUACAUAGUCCUAUAGGAGAAGAAAAGAACGAUAUUUUUCCGAGCUUUUCUGGAGCAAAGGAUGCUUGAGGGAGUGAAAGAGGGAUUAUGAGAGAGGAGGAACCUGUUCACACCCAGUGACUUCCCAACAUCGCUAGCAGGAACACUCAUCAGGCAGCCAAGGUGAAAACACAGAGGCUCUAAAAUGUCUACACACAACAAGGCCAAAGUUUUCUUAAUAUCUUUGAGUAUGGUCGCUUUUGUGGUUAUGGUGGUGAUGAAUGGUGCGGCAGGUUCUGGAGCAUUCAAAGGUAUAUUCCAGAGAACUGUUGGAAACAUCUCCAACAAGUAUAACACUGACUUGACCCCAGCUGGCUGGACCUUCUUCAUUUGGAAUGUCAUCUAUUUGUGGCAGUUAGCUUGGCUUGGCUAUGCUCUAUCUGGAAUCUGCAGAAGGAAUGAACUUGGAUGGUUCUACGCGAAACCAGAUGUCUUGCCAAUUCUGUUUUACGUGGUGUGGAUCCUGAAUAACGCCUUGAAUGUUGGGUGGCUGUUUCUAUGGGACAAAGAAUACCUCAGCCCUGCUCUGCUUAUCCUCACAGGGCUCACAGGUUCCAAUUAUGUGAUUCUCUCCUUGGCCUGUCGAGGACUCCAUUCCCAUAGAACCUGGCUUCAGAAUCACCAUAGGACUGACCUGUGGCUCCUCCGCAUUCUGGUGCAGAAUGGGAUUGCACUUUAUGCCACAUGGACCACAGUGGCAACACUAUUGAAUUUUGCAGUUGUGUUGAUAUACAGCAUGGGAGUGGCCAACCAGACUUCCACUACUAUUGGCCUGUCUAUUCUUCUCAUGCUGCUGGUGGUCUGGUUCUACCUGGAAAACUUCCUCCUGGAUAAAUAUGUGCAUUACAUCCUCACUGUAUACCCGGUGGUCAUGGUCGCAUUGUCUGGCAAUAUUGCUCAGCACUAUAAUACAUCUGCUCCAAGCAGAAACAACAUCUUCGCAGUUGUCCUGAUGGUUGCGACAAGUGUGAUGUUUUUGGUUCGGCUUGGCCUGGUUACCUGCAGGCAUCGCUAUCAGCCGCUUACUGUGAGUGAGUCAUUGUUUUCAGAGCCGGUAAAGCUAGGAAAGAACCUCAGAGAUGCUGAAGAUGACCUUAGGAAAAGAAGCUACAGAUCUCAGGAGAUGGAGCCAGAACACCUUGCUGUGAAGUCAUUCUAAUUAUGGGCAAGACCAUUGAGCAUCAGGGCUUUGCCUCAUGCCAAAACAGCUGUGGAAUAUGGAUGAAUGAAACGCAUUUAUUCAGCAUUUACUAAGUGCUAACCAUUAGGUUAAUUGUUAGGGAUACAAAUACAGAAGUGAGACCUCAUCUUUGUCUUCAAAGGGCUUUUUAGGGGAAAACAAAGCAUAUGGUGGCCUAGGAAUAAUAUUUUGGCCUGGGAAGUAGCAGGAAUGGCAUAUGGAGCCCUAGAGGAAUCAAAUAAUUACUUUUUUUUAAAAAAUUUCUCUUAAAAUAAAUAAACGUUUAUUUUCCUUUUUCCCACUUUCCCCAAUUGGGAAAAAAAGAAAAAUAAAACUUUUGUGCCAAAUAUGCAGAGUUAAGCAAAAUUAAUUCCCAAAUUAUCCACAUCCAAAAAUGUAGGUUUCAUUCUUCAUCUUGAAUCUAUCACAUCUCUAUCAGGAGGUGAUAGCAUGGCUCCUUAUCAAACCUUUGGAAUCAUGGUUGGUUACUGCAUUGAUCAGAGUUUAUAAUUCUUUCAAAGCUGUUUGCCUUUAUGACGUUGC